AUGAAUUUAGAUAUGCCUGUGCAUGUAUAAAGUAAUUCAAAUAUUCUAUAUUGUUUCAUAGAUAUGAAAUUAGAAGACUUCGAUAUAAUAAAGCAUUUAGGUAAAGGUGCAUAUAGUGAGGUUGUAUUGGCUAAAAAUAAACUCACUGGACAUGAGACAGCAUUAAAGGUUGUAGACAAAAAUUUUCUGAUUAAAGUAUAAGUUUGAUAGAAGUAUAAUAGGAGAAAAAAAUGCAUCAUGCAUGUAUAGAGAGAGAAGUUUUAAUUAAUUUGAGACACAAAGGAAUCAUAAAGUUAUUCAAUUCAUUUGAGUAAAAUGAUAAAUUAUAUUAUUCUCUUGAGGUGUUAACUGAUGGUAAUUUGUUAGAAUACAUGAACAGUAAAUAAUAUUAAAUAUAUAUAGGGCAUAUUUUUAAUGAUUCAAUAAUCAAAUUCUAUACAGCUGAAUUAUUAUUAAUUCUUGAAUAUUUACAUUAGAAUGGAUUGGUACAUAGAGAUGUAAAACCAGAAAACAUUCUUUUAACUAAAGAUAAACAUUUAAAACUUAUUGAUUUUGGAACAGUAUUUGUUUAUGAUCAGAAUAAGAUUGAUAUCGGAAAUAAAUUAGAAGAGAUAAGAAUUUAAUAUUAAAAAUAAAGAUCUCCUUCUUUAAAUGAUUUUGAAAAACCUUAAAUAAGAUAUUGUAGAGAUUCUAGUUUUGUUGGUACAUCUGAAUACUUAUGUCCUGAACUUAUUGAUUAUAAUGUAAUUGGCCCAUAGGCAGAUUUAUGGGCUUUAGGAUGUUUCAUUUAUCAAUUAUAUACAAAUAAAACUCCAUUUUAUUCAGAGAAUGAAUUUGAAUUAUUUAAUAAUAUAAGUUAAUGCACAUGGACAUAAGAUUAAAGAAUACCAGAUGAUGCUAUGGAUCUUAUUAAAAUUUUACUUGAAAAAGAUCCAAUGAAAAGAUUUUAUGGAGAUUUAGAAGGUAAUUAAUAUAUCUUAUGUAAUAGAUUCAUAAUAUAAUUAUGAUAAUAUAAAAUAACAUCAAUUUUUUAGAGGAAUUAAUUUUAAAUAAAUAUGGUUAUAGGAUGUUCCAUUUGUUGUUAAUAACACUUAAAAAAGAAAUAUGAAUAGAAUUCAAAGUGCAUUUAUUGAUAAAAAUUUAUCUUCUCAUGAAAAAUUUGAACAUAGAGGAAUGUCUGUGUCAAAACAUAAAUCAGAUUAAACCAUUUUAUAAGGAUAAAUAGAUAAGGAACAUGGUGUAUUAUUUAUGACACAAUUCUCACUUCGACAUGCAAGUAUUGUGUGUUAAGAUGGAAUUACAAGUUUCAUUUAUAUUAAUCCUUAAUUAAAUAAUAAAAAAGUAUUGUUGAUUUAAUAAUAUUAUGUUAGACCAUAAUACCUUUAAAUUAAUUUACAUCCUGUAAAUUAUUAGGGAAAGGAAAAUUCAUUGUUGGAGAUAGAAACAAAAAGAAAUACAUUUUUAAAUAAAGAGAAAAUAAUGUUCCAGCUCAACAAUGGGUUAAUGUAAUUAACAAAUAUAUUAAAUCUAAUCAUUAUUGAUUAGAAUUUAUUUUUAUAUAACAAAUAAAUAAUAGCAUUUUAAUUACAAUUAAAAUCUACUAAUAUAUUAAUCAUAAAUUAUGUGAAUUCAUAUGGUAAUG